AUGCGGAGAACAAGGGAGGAAUAUGUAAACAGCGGUGAGGAGAAGUGUUUACGCAUGGCACGGCUGGAGGGCGUAAAUAAUGCGAAUACUGUCUCAGUGGAAAGCGAGAUAAAUCCGUUCACAAAUAAGCCGUUUUCAAAACAAUACUACGAGAUUCGUGCCCUUCGAGCCACGCUUCCUGUGUAUGAAAAGGCCGAAUUGCUCAAACGGUAUGUGCGUGAUCAUCAAGUUGUUCUGCUUGUGGGAGAAACGGGGAGCGGCAAGACCACUCAAGUCCCACAGUUUAUUGCGGAAAUGGGUUAUGCAGGUAUUAUUGCCUGUACCCAACCUCGAAGAAUUGCCGCCACAUCCGUGGCAGCACGUGUCGCCACGGAGAUGGACGUUAAGCUUGGGGAGGAAGUUGGCUAUCAUGUUCGGUUCCAGUCCAUGAUGGGUGAAAAAACGAGGGUGCUUUACAUGACAGAUGGUAUACUUUUACGGGAGGCCUUUUCGGAUCAUAAUUUGUCACGCUUUAGUGUUGUUAUUGUAGACGAAGCACAUGAACGCACAAUAGAUACCGACGUUCUUCUUGGCACUUUACGCCUUCUUAUGGAACGCCGUUCUGAGUUUCGAUUGAUUGUGAUGUCUGCAACUCUUGAAAUGCAAAAAUUUCAGGCAUAUUUUUCUCAGGCACCGUUGUUACAAGUGACAGGUCGCAAGUAUGAGGUCCAAGUCAAAUAUACUACACAACCCGUGAAGGAUUAUGUGGAGACCUCUGUUCAGCGCGUGUAUGAUAUCCACAUGAAUGAGCCACCUGGGGACGUCUUGUGUUUUCUCACAGGCGAGGCCGAAAUUGAAAAGGCGGUGACGUGGACAAAAAUGAAACUUGACGCAUUGCUGGUCCGAGAUUCAGAGGCGACACAUGAUAUUCGUCAGGGACCAAUGUGGGUGCAGGUAUUGCCCCUGUAUGGUUCACUGAGUAUGGAAGAACAGAAGCGUGUGUUUGCCCCUCCUGGUCCUCAUACAAGAAAAGUGAUAUUUGCUACGAACAUCGCGGAGACCUCACUCACCAUUGACGGUAUUGUUUAUGUGGUUGAUUGUGGGUAUCAUAAGCAGAGUUUAUAUAACUCAGAGGUUCGUGUGGAUUAUUUACUUCCUGCGCUCAUUAGCAAAGCCUCAGCAGAACAACGUAAGGGGCGUGCCGGCCGAACUCGGCCAGGCAAAUGCUUCCGUUUGUUUAGUCCGCAGGACUUUGCUACUUUUCCGGAUCAGACGCAUCCUGAAGUACUGCGGUCGAGUUUAGUCAAUACCGUGUUGUUGUUACUUAAGCUCGAGGUGGAGAAUCCAUAUCAAUUUUCAUUUAUUGAUCCACCCUCCCAGCAAAGCAUCAUGGAUGCAUAUUACCAGCUGAGUUUUUUUGGUGCUGUCGAUGAGGAUUUACAUCUGACAGAGUUUGGGAGAUUAAUGGCAGAGUUCCCAGUGGAUGCCUGUCUUGCUCGUAUGCUAAUACGCUCUGCGGAACACCGUUGUGGCGCAGACGCGGCAGUUAUUGCUGCCAUGUUGGAGGCUGGUAACGUCUACGUGCGUCCCUCAGGGCGUGGAAAUGAGGCAGAUCAACAACACACCACGUUUCAGCAUCCAGAUGGUGAUCACCUGACACUCUUUAAUGUGUUUCAUGCAUUUUGGCGCAACAAUCAAUCGCCACAGUACUGUUUUGACCAUUUUCUGCGCUAUCAUGCCCUGUUACAGGCUACUCGUGUGUAUGCGCAGCUAACAAAACUAAUGGGGAAGAAAAGUAUUCCUGUUGUCUCUACGUAUGAUGAUAAGACGAGAUUGUUUGACUCCGUGGCGCUGCGGAAGACGGUGCUUGAGGGAUUCUUUACACAGGUCGCCUACAAGCCGCCCUCUGCAGAGCAUUACAAGACCGUGAAGGAUUCUCAAUGGGUAGUAUUACACAAUCAGUCGGUGUUGUCAAAAAAGAAGCGUCCUCCAUGGAUUGUGUACGACCGCCUCGAGGUACAUGGAAAAGAGGGAACGUUUAUUCGUUUUGCUUCAGUGGUUGAACCGGAGUGGCUGCUUGUUGUUAGUGACUUUUUCACGGACCCUGCGGAGUUGUCUGACGGUGAGAUUUGUCACAUCUUGCAACGUCUAAAAAACAACGACGAAUUAAAUUUGUCUUCUGCUCACCCAUAG